UUGUCUUUUCUUUCUGACUCCCAAAGAUCUGAGAGCGGCAAGCUGGAAGUCAUACUGUAGAUUGAUGCACGGCACCUUUGGGAGAAACGGAGCUCUAACCAACAGCCUGAGUCCAGACAAUUUCGUAUUUUGUCUAGGACUGGACAAAUAUAUAUAUAUAUAUUUUAAACGAAUUAAAGCUUUUCUUUCCUGAAAAGCUCGACAACAAACGAAGAGGAGCGCACAAGUUUACAUGGAAAUGUAGACUCAUCCUAAAGCAGGAUGGUGUGGGGGUUAGCUGCGUAAAGUUGGGAGGAGUUUACGAAAGGAUAAAGGUGAGAAGCUGUGUUAGAAAACUUUCCCUUUGUUCACCCGCAGACGAAGAAGAAGGCGGCGACUGGCCUGGAUUUUGGGAAGCUUUACGCACGGUCUGCGCACACUGAUUUGUUAGAAAUCCAAGAUGCGCCUGUUGAACACGUCGUGCGGAGAAAUCCGAGGGAGACUACACAAGUCCGGUGUGAUGCAUGUACUUUUCCUCUUCUUGGCCAUCGUGCUGUCCUGUCACGGCUGUCCGGACCGAUGCGUGUGCUCCUUACAAACUGUGAAAUGCCAAAACCAGGACUUGGACGCGAUUCCGCAUUCCAUACCGGCCAAUACCAAAUUCUUGUUCGUCACAGGAAACAACAUUUCCAACAUUAGUGUGGCCUCUUUCCCAACCCGCCUGGACCAGUUAACUGAUCUCUAUCUCGGUGGGAACGGGAUGGAGUACGUGGAAGAAAUGGUAUUUGACAACUUGCCAAACCUCUUGCGGCUGGACUUGAGCAACAACAGAAUCCAGAGUUUCAGUGAAAGAGCUUUCCCCGAUGACAACAAACUGCAGCUCCUGAACCUAAGCAGGUCGUUUCACAAUCAUACCUACAUAGAUGUGGUCCUGAAUUUCCUCCGCAGUGGGAGCCUCCUCCAGCUGACAGCCUUGGACCUGUCCAGCAAUGACCUUGUGCUUCUUCCAGACAUAUUUGGCAGCCUCUCCAGCCUGGUGAGCCUCAGCCUGCAGAACAGCUCCAUCAUCACCAUCCAGAACGGGACCCUGAAGGUGCCCCCGCUGCGUGACCUGGACCUGAGGGACAACAGCCUGAGGGAUCUGCCCACCACCACGCUGGCCGAGCUCAGCCUCAAGCCCGGCCUCCACAUCCGGCUGGCGGGGAACCCGUGGCGCUGCGACUGCUUCAUCGAUGACAUGCUGAUGUGGCUCAAAAACUCCACUCAGGUGGUCGACGUGCAGAACUUGACCUGUGCCGACCCGGAGGCCCUGAAACAGCACCAGCUCCUGCAGGUGGAGCUGUCGCAGCUGAAGUGUUCCAGUGAAAUGGAGGGAGUACUGGAGACUUCAUACGUUUUCCUGGGACUGGUGUUGGCCCUGAUCGGUGUCAUAUUCCUGCUGGUGCUCUACCUGAACAGGAAAGGCAUCAAGCGGUGGAUGUACAACAUCCGGGAUGCUUGUAGGGACCACAUGGAGGGGUACCAUUAUAGGUAUGAGAUAAACUCUGACCCCCGCUUGGCCAACCUGAGCAUCAACUCGGAUGUGUGAGGCAGGAUGGGACUCAGUCUGGGACCUUGCUGUGAGAUAUUAAAUGACUUUAUACUAUUAAGAUUUGCAUGAAAGUCUCCCUCCCUCCCCCUUCCUCCCCUUCUGUUUAUGGUAUUAUUCAGAUUUUACACCUGUCAGGACUCCUAAUUAAACCCUCUCACAACUUCCCGCUCAGCCACCGCUGCAUGUCCUGUAUGAGUACCUGGCAGCUGUGGUGUCAGCUGCGUUUCCUCCGUGUAACAUUGCAUGGACAAUGAAUCGUGACAAAGAGGGUUUUGGAGAGUUGCAAAGAGCGAUAUGUUCUAUUUUUACUGUUCCUAAAGGAUAAACGGAUGGAGUGUGUUGACUUUUAAAUGAUUUAAAUCAUUGCAUUCUUCUCAUUAUGCCUCUGCUGCAGAGAAAUGUUAUACUGCUUGAGUUUGUUUUUUUUAAAUACGUGAUCUAAAAUAUGCCUUUUUUUGAAUGAUUAUAGUGCACAUUGCAUAGUUUUUGGAUUUUAGUAGGUGGAUGUGAUUGCUCUUCUUUUUCUGUGAAGAUAUUCAGCAAAAUAAAAUGCCUCUGGAUUGCUGGUA